CAAGACGCUGAUGGUCACUGAUAGAUUUCUUAAAUCUACUUCAUUCAUUUCUGGUGUGAGCGAUGGAGACAUGAAAAACUGUAUGCUUUACGUCUGAUUUAAAAGUUAACCAUAACCCUACAGUUUAAUCGUCCCUGUUUUAUAAACUAGCUAGCAAAGUUUAAAAAGUGAAUACGUUUAAUUAUUGUAUAAAUACAAUUAAUUAGAUUUGAGUGUAAGUGGAUCAUUUGGCUGAAUGACAAGUACAGUAAAUACUAACAUGAUUAAGGAAAACCCAUGGAACAUACCACCAAAUGCCCCCGCGUGCAUGGAGAAGCAUUUGGACUCGGCACAGUACAGGGCAGAUGGCACCUUGUUGCUGGGGGCCUCCAGUCUGACAGGCAGGUGCUGGUUGGGCUCUAUAUGGGUCUAUAGUGACCCCAAUCAGUCUCCAAAUGAGGGCUUCUGCAAGGCUGGUGUGCAGACUGAAGCAGGAGUCACCGAGGCAAAGUGGGUUUCAGAAAGGGGUGUCCUAGUGGCAUCUGACUCUGGUGCUGUUGAGCUGUGGGAGCUUUCGGAAGAUGAGAGUCUGCUGGUGAAUCGUUAUACCAAACACGAGCAUGAUCACAUUGUCAACAGUGUGAGCCCUGCUGGGUCAAGCCAUGCUGUCAGUGGCAGUAUGGACUGCCGAAUCAAAGUCUGGGACCUGAGUCAGGGGGAAGUGGUUAGCACAUAUAGUGCUCACUCUAAGCCAGUCACUUGUGUGUCCUGCAGUCCAUCCGAUGAUUCCCUCUUUCUGUCAUGCGGACAGGAUGGCCGCCUCUUGCUUUGGGACCGAAGGAAACCCACCAAACCAGCUUCUAGAUUAGACCUAGAGCCCAGCUGUUGCCCUACCUCAGUGGCCUGGCAUCCACACCAAAGGACCACAAUCGCCUACGGUGACGAGCUGGGACGGGUGAUGUUGAAGGACUUCCAGGGCACUGAGCCUGCCCAGAUACAAAGCAGUCACAGCCGCCAAGUCUCUGGCCUGGCCUUCUCUUCACACAGUGUCCCCUUGCUGGCCUCCAUCAGUGAUGACUGUUCUGUUGCUGUGAUGAACUCGGAUCUUAAAGAAAUGUUCCGAGACAGGAGGCACAAGGACUUUGUUCGGGGUGUCUGCUGGGCCCCUACCAGUCUUGAUUCUUUGACCACUGUGGGCUGGGACCACCAGGUCCUCCACCACAACGUGGCACAGGAGCACGCCACGGUGGACUCCAUUCCAUCUCCAUAGACCAACCACAGCUAUGGGGAGGGGGAUUCAUGGGGUUGGUGGGAGGUGGGCUGGUAGUGCGAUGCCGGUGUGAAGGUGUUAACACCCAGGGCAAUAUUACAAUAGUUUCCCCAACCAUAGUCUUAAAUUAGCCAUUUGAUAUCAUGGGAAUCUUUAAUGAACCCAGCUGGUCUACAGUCUAACCCCAUGUAGUCCUUGUGCUGUAUCACUCAGCAUGAGAGCUAGUCUCUGAGAAAUGUGACUCACUGGCUCAUUAGAAAACAAGAUUGUGGGUGGAUUGGAUUAACCAGUCGGUUAGACCGUAGUUUAUCGGAGUAUUCUGAAAUAACAUUGUGAACUAGUUUAACAUGGUUCAACUUGUGACUGCACCAUCAAUGCAAUGGCAGUUUCAGUACAUUUGAAAAUUCCUUUCAUAUUUUCUCCAGAGCUUUACUCACCAGUACACGGUUGUUCCAUUUCCUUUUCCCUUCCAUGGCACUUUGUGUUGACAUCUCUAUAGUGUGUACCAGACACUAAGCACCAUCCUAAUGUUUUUGUACAAGUUUUGGAUUGUAUGUAUAGGACCUGUCAAGUGGUGCUUUUUGGAAGUCUGGGCAGUGCAACUUGAAACUGACAAUGAUUUUUUUUCAUUCUUCAAUAAAGCUUGUCGCAAUAUUGUACAAUU